GGAGAGGAGAGGAUCAAUCUGUGUGGGGCACCCUUUCUUCCUCUCCUCUCCUCCUGUGCCCGUGCUUUUGAAGCUACAAUCUGGACAUUCAUUCCUCGCCCCCGCCCUCCCUUUCUGCGCAUUCUGCAGCUCUUCUGUAGUCUCGUAGACGGCGCUUUGCUUCGGUGAUCCUGCUUUGUGUGUUUUCUGUGUCGAGGAGGAUUUGAAUCUGUGGCUUCUGUGUUGGUGAUCGUGGAUGUGGCGCGGAAAAGCUGUUGAGUUUCGCGUCGCGGGGUUGAGGAUAGCGUGAUCGGAAUUUCUGCUUUUUUAUUUUAUUUUAUUUAUUUAUUUUCUCGUUUUAGCCUUAGAAAGUAGAAUUUGCGGAGGAGGCGAAUUGCAAGCUCCUGCUGUAAAAAGAGUUUUCACUUAUUUUCGCGGAUUUUUGUGUCGCGAAGAUGGUGAAGGACUCUGCGUAUUAUGAUGUUCUCGGGAUCCAGCCAGAUGCUACCCCUGCAGACAUCAAGAAGGCGUACUAUGUUCAGGCAAGAAAAGUGCACCCUGAUAAGAAUCCAAACAAUCCUGCAGCUGCAAAGGAAUUUCAGGCCUUGGGUGAGGCGUAUCAGGUGCUUAGCGAUCCACAGAAGCGGGAGGCCUAUGACAAACACGGAAAGGAAGAAAUACCAGGGGAAUCGAUGGUAGAUCCUGGAGCUGUUUUUGGAAUGAUGUUUGGCAGUGACGCAUUUGAGGAAUAUGUUGGUCAGUUGGCGUUGGCAACAGUUUCAGGACAAGACAGUGAGAUGAGCGAUGGCAAGCAAGUCAAGGAUAGAUUCAGGCGUGUCCAGGAAGAAAGGGAGAGGAAACUUGCUGACCUACUUCUGUUACACAUUAAGCUUUAUAUGGAAGGAAACAAAGAAAAGUUUAUCCAGGAGGCUCUUGAGAAUCGUGAUCGCUUGAGUCUUGCCUCUUUUGGAGAAGAAAUGUUGGAGACCAUCGGGUACAUCUACUCCAGGCAAGCUUCUAAGGAACUCGGCAGGACGUCAAAAUAUUUGGGGGUGCCAUAUGUGACCGAGUGGAUGCGUGGCAAGGGUCAUCGAAUCAAAUCACAGUUCACAGCUGUUGGAGGUGCAGUGCAACUGAUGCGUAUGCAAGAAGAGAUGAAAAAAAUGAUGCAGACUACAGAAGUGCAGGAGCAGAAACUGGAAACAUAUUUGGAGACUAACCAAAAGAUUAUGCUGGAUAAUCUGUGGAAAAUUAAUGUGAUUGAUAUUGAAUCAACGCUCUCGCAUGUUUGUCAAAAGGUUAUUCGUGAUCCAAAAAUUUCCGACCCUAAGGAACUGCUAAAACGUGCCGAAGCAAUCAAAUUAUUGGGUCAAAUAUUUGAGGGUUCAUCUAUAGUUGAGACCGUCCAUUUCGCUAAAGAGAAAUCGGACUCCCCCAAGUUUUUCUCUAAUGAAAAUUUACCUAAAACUCCCAUGUUUGUAGCAGAAGCAUCUUCCCAGGUUUUUCCCUUCUCUACCUUACACGUGGAUUCUACAUGAAUGCUAUUCUUUCCGAACUUCACUUGAGUUGUUUGCAAAUCUCUCGUUAACUAUUUAUUUUGUAUUGUUACUUGUUUUAGGAAGAAUAGGCGGUUUUCAAUGAUAUCUGCAGGGGCUACACCACUUUAAAACACCAGGGGAAUACAGAACCUGCUGCAAUCACUUGGAGAACUUUGGGGAAUUUUGAAAUGUAUUAAUCAACUUCUAUUGGAAGAAAACGUGCUUAGAGUCACGCAUUUCCAUGCUUUUAAAUUUCUUUCUGUCCUUUUAUGAACAGUAUCUUCAGACAGCAACUUCCGCUUGGUCUAAUAUUUGUAAAGCAGUAAAAGAUUUUUCCGCUUUUUGCAAGCUCUAAAUAACGAGAAACAAAGUUUUCAGCUGUCAAUCAUGUACCAUCGUAGAAGAAGGGUAGAGUGUUAAUAUCUCUCUCUCUCUCUCUCUCUCUCUCUCUCUCAGCUUGGUUUUUCUAAAUGGGCACGUUGGAUCUUUUGUAGCUAUCAACUGUGCAUACACAUUGGAUGAUAGAAAACUGGUAAUCUAGUCAUCUAAUUAUUUACCCUUCAGCAGUUCCUUCCUGUGCGGUUAUCUUAUUAUGAAAUCCCUACAGUUUGUCGACCACCUUUGGUAAGUGCGGCACAAGAUUGGUCAUAACCGGAGACUUGUUUUCCCGCUCCAACCAAGCUUCAAAUUCAGGGCCACUUUCAAUGUCUUUGCAUUGCACCCGAGAUACGCUACUAGACUCGAGGAUCUCCUACUACAGGAAUGGAGGUUAAAACAACUUAAUUCAAAAUGGCAACAUCAAGAAUUAUGUAAGCAAUAUUCCUUUUGAUUAUAAGACCAUAUCCCAAAAAUUUGGUGGUCUACAAUUCUUGAAUAAUAUUGUGAUCAAGUUGGUCGACGAUUGCAUCAUUUCAUUUUUCC